UCGAACGAGUCUCUCCCACCAGCCAGCCACAGCGUGCCCGAUGCACGAGGAUUAAGCGUGUUGGUAGCGCAGGGGUAUGUAACAUCACAUCUCGCACUGCGUUAUUUAACGCGUCCACCUGCACUGCACAGAAUACAUUUUCACGACGGACUAGUGAACGAUGGACCUGCACAUCUUGGACCAUAGAUUAAGGGUCACAUCCAUCAGUAAAACGGGGCUUGAGCAGUACACACACCCCCUAAUCAAACUGAUAUUUCUCAGAAACAGGACGAGAUGCAAAUUUUUCAGUCUCACAGAGACUCCGGAAAAUUACACAGUUGUCCUUGAUGAGGAGGGAUUUAAAGUUAUAACAAGUUGUUGGUUAAGUCUGUUUAUUUUGUUUAUUUUUAAUGCUUUUUUCUCCUGCAGUCCUAAAGAGGGCGCCAGUGUUGAUCAGGACAUGGAAUGUAUUAAGUUUUUCUCCUUCUCUCUGAUUGAUGGAUACGUCUCUUUGGUGAUGGACACAGAAGCACAGAGACAAUUCCCCACUGAUCUUCUCUUCACCAGCUCUUCUGGUGAGCUCUGGAGGAUGGUGAGAAUAGGAGGGCAGCCUCUCGGCUUCGAUGAAUGUGGGAUAGUUGCUCAGAUCUCUCAGCCUCUUGCAGACAGUGAUAUAUCAGCAUAUUACAUUAGCACCUUCAGCUUUGAUCAUGCUCUGGUGCCGGAAGAAGACAUGGUGAGCGUGACCGAGAUGCUUCAAGCUCAGAGGAUGUCCAGUUGAGGAUGUGUAUUCAGAUUGAAAAGGGUAGAAAAAAACCUUCAUGGUGGAUGGUAGAUCUUAUUUGAGCCACUAACUCACAGUAUUACUCCACAAGUCUGUCUUACCAUAACCAGAGGUGCUUCAGUCACUGCAUUUGAGAGCUUGGGCUUAAAACAGACCUAAACUCAAAAAACAGUGGCAUUUUGCUUUUGCAGAAACAGCAGUGCUGAUUAUAUACCUUUACCAUUAAUCAAAGUAUUUACAUGAUUUGAAAGGACAUUUUUGCGGCAUGUUAAUGAUCGAUUAUUUGAAGCACUUUUUUUCUUAAUUUAAUUAGAAGAUGACAGGACGUUAUCGAUUUUGGAUGUUUAUUUCUGCAUUUUCAGGGGUAAUGAUAACACGAUGUUCUGUAAUGCGCAGCAGGAAAUUCCCUGUUUGGUUUACCUGCUGCCAUUAUGUUCUGCAAAAAUCAUUAUUACUUUGAGGAUUGCACACAGACGUCUUCCAGUAUUGUCAGAAUCAGGUUUUUUUUUUCUUGAGUAACCCUGUUUGAGGUCAAGCUAAAUACAUUUUAUUGUUGUAGCAACUUAUGGUGUCAUUGAAACAUUGCACUUAGAAAAGCAGUUACUGACAGUGAAUAUUCUGAUCACUUUUGAAUCAGCAUUUCAAACGUAUCU